CGAGCGAUUUCUUAUUUUGAGCGAUAUCGCAGAUAGGGUUUAUCUCUUCCUCCCAGGGAAGCAGAGCAGGAGCAACAACGAGGGAGGGAGGCGAUGAUGGCGUCCAGGCUCCGGUUCCACUGUAAGUUUAGGCUGGUUGGAAUCCGGCCAAGCUGCUGUCCUCCAUCCCGGGCGUUUGCGGCGGUGAGAGCCCAAAACAAUCAGCUCCCCAAGAAAAAAAGGCGAUUGGAUGAAGUGUGCCUUGAAAGGUUUCAACAAUAUAGCAGAACAUACAUCCAGUCAUGGAUUCUUCAAGGUAAAGUCCAUGUGGAUGGAAGAGUUGUAAGUAAAUCUGGAACACAAGUAUCUGACAAGUCAGUCAUCGAAAUCAAGGCUGAAAUCCCAAAAUAUGUAUGUAGAGCAGGACAUAAGCUUGAGGCAGCUAUCAAAGAAUUUGCUGUUGAUUGUGAUGGAAAGAUAGCCCUUGAUUCAGGAUUAUCCACAGGCGGUUUUACUGAUUGUUUACUUCAGCAUGGGGCAUCAUAUGUUUACGGUGUAGAUGUUGGCUAUGGACAGGUGGCUGAAAAAAUCCGUACACAUGAACGUGUUUCGGUGAUCGAACGUACAAAUUUAAGACAUCUUUCUCAACUGCCACAACCGGUUGACUUGGUGACGCUGGACCUAUCAUUUAUCUCCAUUCUCUUGGUUAUGCCUGCUGUGAUUAAAGUAAUGAAGACGGACUCUAUAUUGAUAACACUUAUCAAGCCUCAAUUUGAAGCUCGUAGGUCACAGGUUGGAGGUGGUGGGAUUGUUCGAGAUCCUCUGGUUCAUAAGGAGGUACUGGAUAGAAUAAUUUCAGGCGUGGAAGAGUUUGGAUUCUGCAAUAAGGGCUGGAUUGAAUCUCCAUUAAAGGGCGCAGAAGGGAACACGGAGUUUCUUGCUUGCUUCCACAGGAUCCCAGUGCCAGAGACACAGGUAGAAGCAGCGGCAACAUGAUUAUAUCCGUGUCAAAUGUGGCUGGAGAGAACCUGGAGAAUUCUGCUUGACGUGCUACCAACGAUAUUUUCUGAAAUAGCAUACUGUGAUACGGGUGACCCAUUUUGGAAGGAUCAUUCAUCAGAAUCUGCAAAGCAUAAUUAUCAGAAGCGCUUGAUGAUGUCAUGCUGGGAUGUUAUGUAAUAGAACGAAGUUUUGAAAUUUUGACUUGUGAGACAAAAUAGGUCCAUGCCUCUCAGGUGAGAUACCCACUAGAAAAUACAAAAUACUGACUUUUUUAGUGCUCAA